UUUAGCAGCUAACGAGUUUUACUCAUUUUGAAACUAUCUUCGAUUCAGUAAAUAAGUAUAAAAAGUAGGGAGGAGGAGUAGAGAAAGGAGUAGAGUAGCGUAUGAUUCAGUUUUCCUUGAACUAGAUUCCUCUUUCUAAUGGAAAGGGAAUACGGAAGUGUCACUCAUCCAGAAAAAAGUCAUAGAAAAAGAAUAUUUUGAAAACUGCUAAUAUAUAUAUUUACAAUAAUUUUUUAUAAUAAUUCAUAUAAUAAUACUUAAUCUGACCUUAUUUCCCGUUAAGACGUUUGGCAGGAUGGCUCCGGCCGUGCUUUCUUCAUUCCUGGGCCGCCUUUCUCUGAAAUAUUCUAUAAUUUUACUCCAAAAUUGAGAAUUAUUGUGAAAUAUGAUUGAUUGGAGUCGAUUCGUCGACUGCUCAGCAGGAAGAGACAGUUUACACGAGGGUCGUCCGGAGGUUGGAGCGAAAGUGGGUCGCCACACUCACUCCGAUUUCUUGUCGACAUUCAUUUCUCUCUAAGGGAACUGAACUAACGACGGCCGAAACCGUUGUCUUUGCACUUGGUCGCACUGCCUCUAUAUUGCAAAGAAAUCAGAAUUUGCGAAUCUUUCUUUGUUUUUUAAGAUUUUUAUCUGGAAGUUCAGUUUUCAGUUUAUAAAUUUUAGACAUGGAGGAUGCGCAUACACAUUUAUUGGCAGUGCCAGAUGAUAAUGAAGCUGCAUUUUUUGCGGUUUAUGAUGGUCAUGGAGGAGCAAAAGUAUCGCAAUUAGAAAUGAGGAAUCGAAUUUGUGAGGUUGGAGGCUUAUCGAAGAAAUCGCGCUACUCGGCCAUUUUUUCUGGAUGAAAACCCUUUUGUACUCCUAUCUUUAUGAUUCUUGGGUGAAAGGCCCUCAUUUUAACAAUCUGUAGAACCAGCUAAACUGUGAAAUUUUUUAGUAAUUUUUUAAUGAUUCUUCCUCACUCACAUAAUCAUUGGAAAAAAGUAUUUUUUAAUGGAAAUUAAAAUAAAAUUAAGCUAAAGUAAGUAGGAAACAACGAAAUAGGUUUUAAGCCGAAGGAAAAAUGGAGGAUGCAAUAAAAAGUGGUUUCCUUCUAUUGGAUGAAAAGAUGAAAAAUGACGAAGAUAUGCGUGAUGAAAUGUCUGGCACAACAGCUGUGGUUGUCAUUAUCAAGGAUAGAAA